AUGGAUUGGGAAGAAGGUUUAGGGGAUAGUGAAGAUGGGCUUUUAGGUGUUGACACUGGACGCCGUGCAGGAGUUUCGGACGAUUUGGACGGGAUCAAUUUAACUGCAAACACAUCAAACACUGCACCCAGUAUACCUAGGGGUUCAGGGAGCCAAGGAAAGAGGAAGAGAGGUGGAGGAUUGGAUAAGUAUAAGAAGCAAAAAAUGCCAGCAACAAAAAUAAUAGCAGAUGCAGUAAGCUCGAUUGAGAAGGCUUCCAUUAGUACAACAGUGGCAGUAAACAAAAUCUCCAAUAGUGAUAACACUACUAAGCUGACCACUGAUUUGCUGAAUAUGGAGGAAAUUGUCAGUGACACUCAUCUUUGUGUCAUAUGUUGUAAUAUGCUAGCAAACAAGACCUUCAGGGACAUAUAUGCUGGUCUGAGAGAAAAUCGAGAGGUGGGAUACUUUGGCCCGUACAGACGUGAGCGCUAUCAUCUUCCAGACUUUAAUCGUCACCCAGGAUUUACAAAUCAGAAUGAGGCCUUCAAUUAUUAUCAUUCAAGUUUGAGAUCCACUAUUGAAAGAACUGUUGGGAUGUGGAAGAAUAGGCAAAAUUCUCCAACUGAUGACCGCUUUAUAGAAGCUGAACAUGGAAGUGUAAUAGACGAAGACAAUAAUCAUGCAGCUGGUGAGGCAUCCUCCCAUAGACGUCAGCCCGUUCCGCCUUCGUUCCCGAUAGCUUACUCUGACCUAGCUCUUGCAAGGAUUGCGAUAACUUUCAGGCUCUUUAGCAGCUCAAGCUCUUCAAAAAUCACGGGUAUUCUCAGAAAAUCACCAUCCCCACAAUGCUUUCGUCUUUUGCAACGCUACCCAUCAUCAGCAUUCUCUCUCAAAUUCAGCACAGGGUCUUUUCCAGAUAAUCACUCGUUUACUGUAUCAUACCUCAUUAACAGUUUAGGGUUCUCCCAAGAGGCUGCCUUAAAUGCUUCCGAGAGAGUUCGAUUCGAGACCUCAGUAAAGCCAGAUUCAGUUGUCAGCUUCUUCAGAAGCCACGGCUUCUCUGAAUCUCUCAUACACGAUCUCGUUAGAAGGGAUUUGUCACUUCUUCUAUGCAAUCCCUUCAUUAAGAUUCUUCCCAAGUUUGAAUUUCUCCUCUCAAAAGGUGCUUCUACCUCCGACAUCGUCCUUAUGGUGCAUAAGAGUCCGAGAUUCCUAAAACGAAGCUUGUCCAAUCACAUAAUCCCGUCAUAUGAACUACUAUUAGGGUUUUUGCAUACUGAUGAAGCCACCAUCGAUUGUAUAAAAUGCUACCCAGAUAUUCUUUAUGGCCCUCGGUUGAUACAAAAUAUCGAGUUGCUGCUUAAGAAUGGAGUGUCAAGAACCAACAUUACUCUCAUACUCAAAAGGAGGCCUCGUUCACUAUCCCGCACAGAUGAUCUUGCAAAGAUGGUGGAGGAAAUUGAGUGUUUGGGGUUUGAUCCUUCGAAUUCAACAUUUUAUGUUGCGUUGUUAGCCAAAAUAUCUUUGGGCAAGUCCCACUGGGAAGCCAAAGUCGGCGUCUUCAAGAGAUGGGGAUGGUCAGAAGAAGCAUGGUCAGAAUCAUUUCGGAGGCAACCGCACAUUAUGUUAACCUCCAAGGAUAAAAUUGAUGCAAUUUUGAGUUUUUUGAGUAACCAUUUGGGUUGGGAUCCUUUGAUCCUUGCCAAAAAACCAAAUUUAUUGAUAUAUAGCUUGAAGAGAAGGAUCAUCCCAAGGGCUGCAGUUUUAGAUUAUCUUCAGUCAGAAGGGUUGAUAGAAAAUAAAGCUGGCUUAACUGUGCCGUUUGAGAUCCCUGAAAAGCAGUUCCUGGAAAGAUUUGUGAAACGCUAUGAGGAGCAUAAUUAUCAUCUGUUGAAGCUUUAUGAAGAAAAAAAGGAAUUAUGAUCAAUGAUGGAAUGUUAUGUGCAUAAAAUUUCAAAAUUUUAAUAUUUUGUGAUUCAGGCCCAUUUCUUUUUCUCCUUCCCACUGAAGUAUUCACCAUGUUUAAAUUGGGAUUCAAUUAAUUUUACUGACUUGUUUCAUGUUCUAAAGUAAACCUCUAUUGGGGG